UGGCAACUACAUAUACAUAUGUUAGGAUGGCACCUCACUAAGCUGGCCGAGCUCCAAAUAAAUGAAGAAGAUCGUCAUUUCUUUGGUAAACAUAACAGCUACAUAUUAUUCUUGGCACUGGGGUGUAAGCCUGAACCUGAGAUGCCGGCAAACAAAAGGGGGUUGACCGUUGGCCCAACUAAACCGCCGUUCUCCCUCCCUGAAGCCAUGUACGGCAGAAGUGUUUCAAUCCUGAAUACCUGACUUCACAAUGAGGGGAUUGACGCUCUUGUUUGUUGGUCUCGCGGCCGCUCAGUCCUACCCCAAGGAUGAUGUCGACAAGCUUGUCGACGCCAGCCUGCCAAUGCUCAAGGAGUACCUAGAGAAGCACCCGCAGGGCAACUGCACGCUCGAGACCGCAGUCAGGCGCAAAGAAUGGGGCGAUCUCACCCUCCAAGAACGAAAGGACUACACCAAUGCCGUAUUGUGUCUCAUGUCCAAGCCUGCCCUGACUAGCGCUCAAGCCCCAGGAGCAAAGAGCAGGUUUGACGAUUACAUUGUCGUCCAUAUCCAGCAGACGCCGAGGAACCACGGAUCAACCUUCUUCUUACCGUGGCAUCGCUACUACGUCUGGCAUUACGAACAAGCUCUCCGCACAGAGUGUGGCUACAAGGGCUACCAGCCUUACUGGAACUGGGGGCGAUAUGCCAAGGACCCGGUCAACUCCCCGCUCUUUGACGGCAGCGAGGGCAGCAUGGGCGGCAACGGCGCCAAGAAGGCGCACGCAGGCAUCCCCAUUCCCAUGGCUCCCCGGCCGUACAACGUGAUUCCGCCCGGCGACGGCGGCGGCUGCGUCACAACUGGCCCGUUCAAGAACAUGACGGUCAACAUCGGCCCGAUCGCACCCUCCCUCACGGACGUGCAGCGCAACCCCCGCGCCGACGGGCUGGGGUACAACCCGCGGUGCCUGCGGCGGGACGUGAACCGCAACGCGGCGGCCGUGACGACGGCGAACUACACGCUGGACCUGAUCACGUCCAACAAGGACAUUUACUGGUUCCAGACCGUCAUGGAGGGGCAGUUCCCGCAGGGGAAGUGGGGGGUGCACACGGGCGGGCACUACACAGUAGGAGGUGACCCGGCGGGCGACUUUUAUGUCAGCCCCGGGGAUCCCGUCUUUUGGCUGCACCAUGCCCAGAUUGAUCGGGUCUGGUGGAUCUGGCAGAUGCAGAAUCUUGAGAAGAGGCUUGCAGAGGUCAGCAUGACGAGGACUAUGAACAACUUCCCGCCGAGUGCGAACGGGACGCUGGAUGAUUUGAGUGGGUUGGGUGUGCUGGCCGGGGAUGUCAAGGUUAGGGAGUUGAUGAGUACCAUGGGUGGAUUGGGCGGCAAGUUUUGUUAUAUUUAUGAGUAAGGUAGGUGGGUGGAACACAUGUUUGGACGGUGUGUGGAUGGAGUCAGGCUCUUCGUCUGCUCCUGCCACACGCAUGUGGGCUGCUUGUGCAUGUAUCCCAGAACGAACAUGUACACCAAGUC